CACUUUUUUUUUCAAAGGGGCAGAGACAGGUCUCCACCAAGCACAAUAAAUACAGGUGAGGCUGUCCAGUCACCAUCAUUGCUUGGACAGGAUAUUCCAAAACCAUGCUCCACUUCCAACUCAGCACCACACUGUUGCUGGCAACAAUAUGUUUGUUCCAGACAACAGUCUCCAUAGAGACAGUCAUCACCUGUGACAAUGGCAGAAAUGUCCAACGCUUGAGCUGUGAUACUGGAGUGGUCCGUGUGGACGCAGCCCUGUACGGACGUUCAAACCAGGAGACCUGCAGUGCGGGCCGACCUCCACAACAACUUGCCAAUACAAGCUGUUCUCAAAUGGGCACUGUGAAUGUCUUGAAGAAUAGGUGUGAUGGCAAGAAGGUGUGUGAGAUAAACACAAAUAUCGUCCGUACCUCUGACCCCUGCUUUGGAAUCUACAAAUAUCUGGAGACCAACUACACCUGUGUCCCAGCAAUUCGUGUUGUUGCAUGUGAGGGGUCCUCAGCACAUUUGUUCUGUGAUGUUGGGCAGGUGAUAUUGGUGAUAGGAGCUGACUACGGACGCCAUGACCAGACUACCUGCUCCUACAAACGGCCUGAAUCUCAAUUUAGGAAUGUGGACUGCUCCGGGCCCACUAGCAAGGUUGCUGACAGCUGUAAUGGGAAAAACAGCUGUACUGUCGAUGCAAGCAACAAUGUGCAUGGAGACACAUGUGUAGGCACUUACAAGUACCUGGGGGUGGCUUACCUGUGUGAAUAUCCUGUGUAGACUCCUGACAUGUUAACAUGCUGAUAUUACAUCGCAAUAAACAUUUGCAGAAUAAAAUAAA